CUUGAACUAUAUCCGAUCGACAGUUCAUCUCGGUGUUUCAACAAGAACGUUUACUAUUCUUCUGUUCGCUCGACGACGAUCGAUUAGCGAACGAGGAAAAUCGAAAAGAGAAAGAUAAUCCAACCCUCGUCGUUAGAUAAUCAUAGAACUCUGCGCAGCAAUUUCUCUUAUCGUUUAGCGAUUUCAGGAUGGUUGGGAAAAUCUUGAAAUAUCGUAGCUGACCGCUACUGACACAACGAUUAUCGGAAGGUCAGAUUUAUCUACGAUGAUCUAGUUAUUACGAACGAUAGUUAGUCAGUAUAUUCCGAACCGUUUCGUGGCACUGGUUCAAAACUUCACUCUAGUACGAAUGUUUUCUGGUGUUGAUAUCGAAAAACUUGCUCGUAAUCUGUCGUACAUUUAUUAUUCCCUCUCUGUUAACGAGAACAAGUGGUACUACUAAAGUGCCAUUAAACAACCUAUCUCAGUCGACAACGUGACUUUAUUGCCCGAUACGUUCCGUCGAAGACGUUCUGAUCGUUGCAUUUUGCGAAUGCUAAGUGAAUUAACAACGACGAACGUAGUGGUGGUAAUUAGUAGUCGGUAUCACAAAUUUGAAAGUCUAACAGUUGAUUACUCCUGUCAGUGAUUAUGACGUUUAGAAUAGUAAUUAGUAUUCAAUGAUAAAAAAUUUGACAGUGGGCAUAAAAUGAAUGGACACAUCGUAUAACUGCAAUCGCAACGUGACAUUUUCACAAAGCAGCAAGUGGCAAGGUUAAAAUUUUCGAUAAUUACGCGUUAAAAAAUAUCGAUUUUCUAAUAAGUGCAUCGAAGUGGAUUCAAAGAUGAAGCUGUGUUCGAUUCUCCUCCUCUGCGCAAUACUGUCUCUUUGCCAGGGAUACAGGAUACUCGCCUUAUUUCCAUUCUAUGGGACCAGCCAUUUCGUUAUGUUCGAACAUCUGAUGAAGGCUUUGGCUAGAAAGGGUCACCAAGUAGACGUGAUCGGGCCGUUUCCUUUGAAAAAACCGUAUCCAAACUACAGAGACAUUGUUACCAUACCUGUACCCAGAACAUUCAUGAAUAAUAUGACCUACGCCGAAAUGACUACCAUGAUAAAUUCAGCUCCUGCAUAUGCCGUGGCCACGAUAUUAGGCAAUGCGGUCUGCGAAUAUUUAGGUAACGAAGAUGUUCAAAAGUUUUUGAAGAAUCUGCCCAAAGAUCAUCCUUACGACGUGGUUCUCAUAGAGAUUUUCGGAGCGAACUGUUUCGCCGCUGUGGGUCACGUUUUAAAUGUACCAAUAAUAGGAGCUAGUUCUUCGGCACUUUACCCAUGGGCCAACGAAUACAUCGCGAAUCCAGAGAAUCUGGCAUAUCAACCGAAUAAUUUACUAUCCUUCGUGGAGGACAUGAAUUUCUGGCAGAGAUUGUACAACGUUUUACACACUACAUACAACAAAUGGAUAUUUCGAUAUGCUUCGAACGUACAAACGGAGAUUAUAAGGAAAUACAUAAGUCCAGACCUACCGGACAUUAGGGAACUUGAGAAGAAGAUCUCGAUGAUUUUGGUGAAUUCUCACAUGUCUUUGAACGGGAUCAAAUCAACAAUACCCGCGUUCGUGGAAGUUGGAGGACUUCACGUCCAAGAGGAAGGAGUGGAAUUACCAGCUAGUUUGGAAAAAUGGAUGAACGAUAGCAAGAAUGGAUUUAUCUACUUUUCGUUCGGCUCGAUGGUGAAAAUCGAAUCCUUUCCAGCCAAAUACCUCCAAAUAUUCUACAAUUCUCUGGGAAAGAUAGCACCUGUUCGAGUUCUAAUGAAAAUAGCUAAAUCGGAUGAACUUCCCCCUGGUUUGCCGGGAAACGUUCACACUUUAUCAUGGAUACCACAGGUCAAAGUUCUGAAACACCCUAAUGUAAGAGCAUUCAUCACUCACGGUGGCUUGAUGGGAACUCAAGAGGCUAUUCACUACGGUGUCCCCAUGAUUGGUAUACCAUUGUUUGCCGAUCAAUUUAUCAACAUCGACGUCGGUACCCAGAAGAACAUCACGAUAGGAUUAAAUCUGGACACUUUAACCGAGGAGAAAAUGGAUGACGCUUUGAAAGCAAUUUUAAACGACCCCAAGUACCGGGAAGCAGCAAAGAAGCUGUCAGUCAAAUUUCUAGACAGGCCUAUGAAUGCCUCGGAGACUGCGGUUUAUUGGGUCGAAUACAUUAUAAAACACGGUGCUGAUGCGCUAAGAUCACCUGCGAUGAAAUUGACAUGGUGGCAAGUGGAAUUAUUAGACGUUUACGCUUUCCUGCUAAUUACAGCAUUAAUCUCAUUGUAUAUAUCGAUAGUCGUAUUAAGAUUUAUGUUUCACCUGGUGAAUUCGAAUGACAGCGUGUCGCACAAGAAGAAAGUUUCUUAGACUAAUUUUCUCAAUUGAUUCUAAUUGACUUCUGAUGAUUUUCACGAGAUUUCUCGCAUAUAUGAGAUUUCUCGUAUAUAAUUAUACAGAAUAUCGUGUGAAAAUUCAGAUUUUAUAUGAAAACAAAAAUCAAGAUAUGAGUAUUCUCUAGAAAUUAUAAAUGUAUAGAGAACACCGGUGCACUUUAGUAUAGUGAAAGAAUCUUUUAAAAUGGAAAACACUUUGACCACCCUGCGCACUAGAUUUAUCACCACUCAAUUUUUAUUUAUGGGGUCACGUUAACCUUCCAACAGCUCUGGAUGGGUUAAUAGUGACCCAGACCUGCGAGACGUACGUAUAACGGUGCAUCGACUGAAAUUGAGCACCUGAAUUAUUAAAUAACAGACUUUUGUAUCGAACAAAUUGUUAUUACACAAAGCACGUAAAGAAUAUUUUUAUUAAUACGGAUAAAACAUGUCAAGUUUAGAAUCUGCAAAUAAAUGAAAUUAUUAAAAAGUA